GACCGAGCACAACUACAAAUUCAUUAACCUUUUUUUUUUUCAUAUGACUUCCGUCAUUUAAUCUUUUUACUUCCUUGUUUAAGUUUAGUUCAUUUGAGAUCGCUUAGAGUAAAGUAUCUCCUUUCAUUUGACCAAAUGACCCUUCAACCUUUUCCAAUUGGCAUUGUGAUUGUGUUAUUUUGUAUCAGCAUAACACAACAAUGCCCUCCAAAAAACAUAUCCUGCAACGACGUUAAGAUGGCCCAGGGAUUCAAGUUCUUAUAUCCAUGUCCUGAGGGAGGAGAGAUUUCUGUGAUUGAUAAUAAGACUCUGAUUGCUCGCGCUGUGCUUGCAAUUCAGUCGUUUAGUUAUUUGAAUGAAGUGAUGAGCAUGGACAACCAUUCACUUGUUACAAGAGACUGCAGAGAACUGCGAGUAGAAUGCAUAUUUCGGAAUGGAAAGAACUUUGUGGAAGAAAUCUGUGUGGAUUAUAAAAUGACUGAGAAAGUGAAGAAUCCUGAUUCCGAUGAUUCACCAACACCACAGAACCUCCGCAGAGAGAAGGUUUUUUUGAUCGGUGGGAUAGUGCUUGUCUUGGGCAUCAUUGGUUGCUGUUACAUUUAUUGUAAAAAGAAGCAGUGUGGUGCACAUGCGGUUUCUGGCUUUUUCAAAUACCUUAAGACUCGCCCUUGUCUCAGAGAGGGGAUUUCCAAGGCAGAAAUGGGAGAGACAGAAGAAACUAGACACCUUGGAGGACGUGAAGUCCAAAAGGUCACAGUUGGUGAUUUGGACACAGCACAAGCCAACACUGUCAACAGGCUAAGUGAAAUAUCUGCAACUUAUCCAAGUGGAAGUGGUGAAAAUGAUAUCAAGCAAGAUGACAAACUUGGAAGUGUGCAGAGUAUUGAUCCCAAGACUCCUCAAUCCUUUAGACUGGACCGCAACUUAAGCAACGAGGGACUGCAGCCCAAUAAUAUCGGAGACAUAUGUACCCCUGACAAAACCUAUAAUCAUCAAACCAUGAACAGGUAAGCUUUUAGUGUUGGGUGGAUUGUCUGUGUUUAAUAUUAUUAUGUUGUUGUUUUUUUAUUCAGUCAACACUCUUAUUUAACAAGUAUUUUAUUUGUCUGCCUCAGGAGCUUAAGAGAUGAUCCAGGAGGAGUUGUUGAAA